ACUUUACCCUCAAUCGUAAGCUUAAUUUACCAAAUUUACCAGUCCCCUAUUUAGUGAAGAGAGGAAAAGCCACGCCGUGCCGUUUUUUAUUUCCAGAGAAACAGAUGGCCGCUGUUACUACGACACCUCAGCUUCUGCUCUGCACCAACCGCGCCAUUUUCGCCACCCGGACCCGGGUCCGUAAACCCGACCCGAUUGCCUUGGGAGCCAGAAAAUGGCGUUCACUGUCGCCCGUAAAGCUCGGAGAGGACUCAAAAUUGAAGCCACUAGUUGCGUGCCACGCGGCGCGUCGGAGACCCACCACCAGUAUACAGCCGGAGACUGAAAAUGAAGACUCCCGGCGAGUGUUUCAGACCGGUCUGUGGGUUGCUGAAGCAGUCUACAUUCUGUGGCUGUUUCUUCUUCCUUAUGCUCCAGUGUGUAAUUGUGCUUCAAGUUUUACUGGGUUCAAUUUUUUUUACUGCAAUGAGUGGACAUUCGUAUCGAGAAUUAUGGCCCUUGAUGGUUUUGGUUUUCCUAAUGCUGCAGGGAGAUCCAGUAUGGGCUAUAAGUUCAGAAACAGUGAAUUCUCUUGUGGGCCUCUCUUUGAAUUUCUUCUUUGUCUUGCCUCUACUCAACUCGGAGUAGUUGGUAUUAAUGUUAUUGAUGCCCCAGUUCUUCACCCGAUGUCUGAAGGGCUGUUCAAUUUUGUGAUUGGGUGGACGUUCAUGUUUGCUCCUUUGCUUUUCACUGAUGGGAAGAGGGACAGAUACAAGUGGUCUCUUGAUGUCCUAUGGGGAUUUCAGAUGUUCCUCACAAACACAUUUUUGAUACCUUACAUGGCUAUUCGGCUGAAUUCACCUGAAUUGGACUACACUCCCAGCAAGCGCUCUCAGCUUGGUGAUGUUAUGACCAAAGGUGCUCCAAUCGUUGGACUCGUCGGUGGAGGGAUAUGCCUGAUAUCUGCAUUGUGGGCACUUUAUGGCCGAAUGGAUGGUGACUUCGGUGGCAUUGCUGAGCGAUGGGAGUUCUUGAUCAAUUAUCUGGGAUCAGAGAGGCUGGCUUAUGCAUUCAUUUGGGAUAUAGUUCUCUAUAGUGUCUUCCAGCCUUGGUUGAUAGGUGAUAAUCUUCAAAAUGUUAAGAGCAACAGGAUUGGUAUUGUAAGUUACCUUAGAUUUGUGCCCGUGGUUGGCUUAGUUGCUUACCUUCUUUUUCUGAACCUUGAUGAGGAACUGUAAAUAUACAUUGUAUUUAUCGUGCAAGAAUGAAUGAUAACGCAGCUUA